AUGCCCGUUCAUCUUCAUCCACCUUCACAUCACACCAUCUUCACCUCCACCUCCGAUUCUCGUCUUCACCCCUUCACCCUUCCCCAUCGCCAUCACGUUCGCUUCCACCCCGAAUCACCUCCACCUCCACCUUGAUCCCUUGCCUUCACCUCUACGUCUGUUCUUCCCCAUUGCACCUCCACCUUUGACUUACCCUCAUUUCAUGCUGCUCUUUCUUUGACCUUGAUCUUGACCGUCAACCUCGCCUUCACCACACCGUCAACCUCUUGCUUACGUCAUCCACCUCCACCUCCACCUUUGCCUCCACCUCGGGAUUUGGCGUUACAGGGGGUUUCCUUGUCCGCCAAUCGGCAGUGCAAGACGUCAUGACCGGUAUCAAUGAUGAAUCAACAACUUUGUCCACAAAAAGUGAGUUUUAUGCACACCAGGUAUCACUGCCUACUAGUAGUUCCGUCUGCUCGAACGUCAAGUUGCGAGCUGCUGCUAACAUGCAUGGUCACCCGCCGCCAACAGCUGCUUCAACUGGCAAUGCGGCGGGACAGGUCAGACUUGAGGACGGGGAUGAUGGAGAGGAAGUGGGGAUGUGUGGGCGUUCGCUGUGUUUGCUCUUUUCGCUUUUUCUCACGUGCACGUAUCAGGCCGCGUUGCACAGCGACUCCGACGAUUGUCCUCUUCUUUGUUUUCUCAUUGUUUGGGUAG